GCAGGUGGUCAUAAUGUUAUGCCUGACUGGUGUAUAUGAACAUUUUAAACCAAAGACUAAUAUGACAUGGACUGAUAUAUAAGCUUGGUAUUGUAUUAGGAGCUAUCAGUUAACAAACACACCCAGUAGGAUUAAGUAUAAACUAACAUUAACCUGGCCUCAACACAAUACACGACAGAGGCGAGAGGGAGAAGCUGCGUGUUGUUGGGUCACGGUCUCCAUUUUCUGACCACGGCAAGGUUGAAAAACUGAAACUAAAUCCUAAAUACAGUAGCUGUGUUAUCCCUGGUUGUAGAUACUCCUUUUACGGAAUGAAAUCACGUUAAAGUCAGGAGAAAUCGCAGCGGUGGAGCGGGACAGGACACACACUCUCAUGACUGUGUCGGCUGAGCUGUAACUCUUUAGCGAGAUUUUUGUUGCUCUGUUUUACAGUCUUGGGAAUGCAGCCACCUCUAGCACCAGCCACAGUCAGAGAGCUGGUGCGCUCCCAUCUCCAUCUUGACCCCGUUGCUGCGGAUUUGCGGGUCAGUCUUUUUGUGGCUGCCGUGCAGAACUACAAGCGUGACUCUGUCCUGAGACCAUUCCCACCUCGAUAUCUAAGGGGAGAGAUAAAGGAUUUUGAAGAGCUGCAGAAGGAUGUGAGCUCCUUGCCAAGCGUUAGAGAUUUGGUCCGACUGGGACCAGGAGAUGGAGAUCAUCAUCUGGCACUGGUACACUGGGUACUGUCCUCCAAGAGUUUUUCUGUAAGGACCAUCCAGAAAGAAGAGUGGGCCAGACUCAGCCAACUGACCCAAAAUGCAGAGGUCUCCUCUCCUGUGCCAGAUUUCCUUUUUGAGUUGGAAUACUGUGAACAGAUGAACUCAAAGUUUGAGAAGACACGGGCAGGACGAGACAUUAUCUAUGCAUUCCAUGGCAGCCGACUGGAGAACUUCCAUUCCAUUAUUCACAAUGGUCUACAUUGUCAUCUGAAUAAGACGUCACUGUUUGGGGAAGGCACUUACCUAACCAGUGACCUAAGUAUGGCUUUCCUCUAUAGCCCCCACGGAAAUGGAUGGUGUGACAGUGUCCUCGGGCCAGUACUAAGCUGUAUUGCCUUGUGUGAGAUCAUUGAUCAUCCAGAUGUGAAGUGUCAGGUAAAGAAGAAAGACUCUGAGAGCGUUGACCGCAAGCGUUUGAGGGCAAAGAACAGCGAGGGUGGGGAUGUGCCAGAGAAGUACUUUGUGGUGACCAACAAUGAGCUGCUGAGAGUAAAGUACCUGCUGGUAUACUCUCAGAAACGUUAUAGAACCAGACAUGCUCAAGGGACAUCCUGGAUGGUCAGACACCAUUUUGCCAUUAUGAUGGGUCUCUACCUUCUACUUCUCAUAUUCAUCGGUGCCUUCAAUUCUACAAGUUUUCAGUCAUUUUGGCAUCGAAUAUUCCGGUGAUCCAACCUUUCAUCACAUUUGCCUCGUUUCCAAAGUGCCUUUUUUUUCCUUUGGUUCACAAAGAUCACUUAAGAAUUUAGUUUAAGACUUGCAAUGAACAUAAUGCUCAGGAAACACUGAACAUUUUAUCCAUCAAUUAGUGUGUACAAGUUGUACCACAAUCACAUUUUAAUAUGCAUUUAUUAUUUUUUUAUUUUAAUACAUCUGGGGAAACUGUGGAGGAGAUGGAGGCCUGCGUUUCUAGGCUGUGGCAUUUUUAACACUGUGGCAUGUCGUAAGAAUUAUUUUUUUUGUAUAAUAAUGGAAUAAUUGCAUUAGCUGAACAACCAAAUUAUGAGAGACAAAAGUGCUGUCCUGUUGCUACCUGUCUUUACAGGACUGUGCUUGGCCAAGGUCAAUAGCUGCUUACUUCAAUUUAAAUAAAUCAUCAGAAACCAUUAGUUGAACCCAAUGAUCAUUUUACUGUUCAGAGGACUGGGAAUUUAAUUGAAUGUAGCUGUUCCACUAGAACUGCUGGACUCAUCUCACUAAAUGAUUUCUGUUAAUACAUUCUCAUACAUACACUGAUCAAGCAUAACAUUAUGACCAUUUGCCUAAUAUUGUCUUGGCCCCUGUUUUGCUGCGAAAACAGCCCUGAUCCGUUGAGGCAUGGACUCCACUAGAUCCCUGAAGGGAUGUGCUGUGGUAUCUGGCACCAAGAUGUUAGGAGAUCCAUACAGGACUUGAAGGAUAAUUUUGAUAGAUACUGACCGCUGCAGACCGGGAACACCCCACAAGAGCUGCAGUUUUGGAGAUGCUCCGAUCCAGUGGUCUAGCCAUCAUAAUUUGGCCCUUUUGGUCAUACUCGCCCAAAUCCUUACGCUUGUCCACUUUUCCUGCUUCUAACACAUCAACUUUGAGGACAAAAUGUUCACUUGCUGUCUAAUAUAUCCCACCCACUAACAGGUGCCAUGAUGAGGAGAUCAUCGGUCUUAUUCACGUCACCUGGCAGUGGUCAUAAUGUUAUGCAUGGUCAGUGUGUGUGUCUAAAUCUUCUAUACCAUAAGACUGUUGGGUGUUUUAUCUGCAUUAUAGUCUCAAAAUUACUGUUUAGAAAAGAUUGAAUGAUGCAUUAUGGUUAAUUUGGAAAAUCGUUAUUGUUUAAUUCCCUAAAUAUGACUAACAGAAGAACAUGGAACUAGGACCAAUUGUGUAUAAUAAUAACGAAAUGGUACAAAAGAUAAUUGACAUUCAAGAUGUUAUUUUUUUACAGUUAUAACAAAUUCAAUAUUGCUUCUCUCCUUCAGUUAUUGCUGUCUUCAUGUAAUGUUAAAAAAUAUUGACCAUUGACCUAUUUUUCUGUGAAUAAACCUCUUAAAUAGUUUACACAUGAGUUAAUAAACACAUAUCUUUCCCAGA